AAAUAGAGGUUUCGUGUAGAAUAUAUCUUGAACUGAACCUAAUUACCUAAUGGCGAUGGAAAACUAACAUUUUGUUGGUUUUGAUAAAACUUCAAGCUUCAUUCUUCCUAUAUAAUGACCGAAGCUAUACCUGUCGAGAAAAUACUUGGGCCCGAAUCGGAAGAACGGACAAAUUAUCAAUCAAUUACGGAAGUAGUUGGCGAGGACCCUCUAACAGGAGACAGGGAGACCAACACCCAACAGGAUCAGAUAAAUAAGAAUACAGAUAUUAGGGAAGACAAUUCAAGGGAAAUGGCAAGAAUUAGCUUGACCUGUUGUAAAACAAACUGGUUUGUUUACGAUGGACUCGGUAUAACAUGCGCUGGAAUUACAUACGGGCUUAUAUUUUACGCAGUUUUCGUAGUUAUUGGAGUAAUAUUGUUGACUGACUUUCCUGCGUCGCCGUGGGCCUACGUUCACUCUGUUCUGUUUACUUUCAUGGCAAUUUUAGCGAUCUCGGCCCAUGCAAGAUCUAUGACAACAGACCCUGGUGUAAUCCCACAAGGAAAUUUCACAGAAGAUAACAUCAAGAGCUUAGGGUUUAGACCUGGUGAUGUUGUAUUACGAUGCACAAAAUGUGAAUGCAUCAAAGUGAACAGAGCACAUCAUUGUAGCACUUGUCAAAGAUGUGUUAGAAAAAUGGACCAUCAUUGCCCUUGGAUCAAUAACUGUGUUGGGGAAUACAAUCAGAAAUUCUUCAUGCUUUUUACUUUCUAUAUCAUGUUGAUAUCUAUUUAUGCAUUGGCUCUUGCUGUCAGUUAUGUUUUCUCAUGUGCUGACAAAGAAUGGAAAGAUUGCACAUACUUCUCACCUCCAGCAACCAUAGUUUUCUUAAUUUUUCUGGUUUUCGAAGGCCUUCUUUUUGGGAUUUUCACUUUGGUUAUGCUUUGUACUCAAGUAAAGGCAGUUAUUUCUGAUGAAACGACAAUUGAAAAUUUAAAAAGAGAGAAGAGAGAAAAGGAAGGAAGUUGGCAACAUCGUCUCCAGCAAGUGUUUGGUGGGAAGCUUUCUGUGCACUGGUUGUCUCCGUUCAGUUCAACGCCAGUCUAUCGAAGAAGAAAUGAGUUUGUGUACAAUGAUGUGUAAAUUAAAGUUAGAGUGUAGUGAAAUGUAGUGUGAAUUUUAAAACCAGCUUUCAAGGGCUUGCAACAAUUGUUUUGAUAUUCUAUUGUUAGCACCGCGGGAUAAUGCACCAUUUUGCUUUGCAUGUCAAGGGUUAACGUCGAUAUAAAUGUAUUCUUUAAAUGUUAAGCAUUUUACUUUUUAUUUGCCUUUGGUAUUCCAUUUCCCCAGUUUGAGCAUUCAUUUUAUAAACAGCACUAGGAUCUUUAGAUAUAUAUAUAUCUGUGUUUGAUUUCUUUCUUUAAAACAAAGUUUUGGUACAGCUGAAAUGUGCAUUUUUAUGCGCACUGAAGACUCAAUAUAUUUUACAGUCGUUAUAUCAAAUACUCAGUUGCCUCAAAAUGUAUAACAGUUUUGCUUUCUAAUACAAGGAGUUAUCUUAACAAUUUUUGGGAAAGUUUUGAAAUAGUAUGAUUACCAUAAAAGCUACAUGAUUAUGUACUGGCUUUUGUGGAAAUAUGGGACGAUUUGGUACAAUUAUCUUUUCCUGGAUGUUUGAGUUGUUAAUGUACUUUUUAAUCAUUGGUGGCUGGUGGCUUUUUUGCUGCUCACGUGGCAGAUGAACGAUUGCCCUAGAUUUGCUGUUUUUAAUUCGUAAAUUAUAUGUAAGAAUCUACUAUUUGUUGAGCCCCCCCCCCCCCCCCCCCCCCCCCCCCUCCGCCCAACCUCAUCUUAAACAAUACGAUCUUGCUAAAUUGAAUACUAUAUCAUUGCCGCUCUAAAUCUUAUUGGAAAAAAUCAUGUUGGUAACUUUUAAAGCCAUCAAUAUUAAAUCGGGAUGGAACAAUUUAUCAACAACCUAAAGGAUGCUAUUUAUUCACAGCGGCGUGAAGGAUACUAUUAACUCUCAAUGUCGUUAAAUUAAACUUGAAUAUUUAUAGAAUUUUGUAACAAUUCAUCAAGGUAAUACACUGCUCUCUUGAGCCAUGUCCCAAUUAGACUGUGAAACUAGUCUAAAGAUAAUGUUUAUCGUGUUGCUUAAUCUUGUUUUAACGAAAUUUUUUAAGAUAUUCCUGCGUCGAACUGAUGGAUACAUAGACAUUAGUGUCCUAUCAUUAGACGAUUCCAGAUAGCCAUCUUCGAAAUUUAAUUCAGGAUAAUUUGAAAAUGUGAAUCGUGAGAGGUAUAAACGAGAGGGCAGUUUUUUGCUGUUUUUAGUAAGAUAGUGUAAAGGGAAGUGAAAUUAAGAUUUAAAAUCAGUAGAAGGUAGAGAUGUGCAUGACCCUCGAUCAUUCGUUAUCCGAAUGCAGAACAGGAUUGACUUCCCUGUGCACUCAAAAGGGAGCGGUAUGUGAGGGUGGCACGUUUUAGGGUAUAGGUUGAAAACGUAACUGAGUUGGUAUAGCAAUAACUUACGGCGUUGGUCGUGGAUUCAAGUCCUGCCCUUUCCGUCUUGCUUAUAUUUUCUCUCGGCACUUUCGUUACAUGAAUAUCUCAGCCAAAACCUACAUAUAGUUGAAUACUGCAAACAGAUUUUAUAUGUGUAUUUGUAACUUUCUUUCUUAAAACAAAUGCCCCUUGUUGCAAA